UCCAAGUAGUCGUAAUAUAUAUUUUAAUAGACCCUUGGCUUAAAAUGCUUUGGAGCUUGAUACUAUUUCUGAUCUUUCUCAAACAAAGUCAUGAAUUUAAGUUCACCAUUGUGCACAACAAUGACAUGCACGCCAGAUAUGACCCGAUGAAGGGAAGCAGUGGGAAGUGUCCCCAGGGACACGACGAGAGAGGCCUGUGCUUUGGAGGCUUUGCUAGAGUGGCAACUGCUGUGGCAAAGGCCCGAGCCGAGGGAGCGACAAUCUUUCUGAAUGCGGGAGAUACCUUUCAUGGCACCUCCUGGUACGGAGUCUAUAAAGGACAGCUAGCUGCCGAGCUAUCGAACUUACUUGAUCUAGAUGCAAUGGCUCUGGGCAAUCACGAGCUCGAUGACAAUAUCGCUGGACUGGUGCCUUUUCUGGAUAAGAUCAAAUUCCCUAUUGUGUGCUGCAAUGUCAACGUGCGUAAGGUUCCACAGGUACAAGGUUUUGAAAAUUUAGUUCCUUCGACGAUUAUCACAAAAUUCGGCAGGAAAAUUGGCAUUAUUGGAUACAUUACGCCGCUUACGAAAUAUUACGUGCCUUACAAUACAAUUGAAUACUCGGAAGAGAUAUCUUCUAUUAACCUUGAAGCGAAGCUGCUUAUUAUGAAAGGUGUUAACAUUAUAAUUGCUCUGGGCCAUUCUGGUUAUGAAAAGGAUCGGAUGAUUGCUUUGCACUGUCCAGACGUAGACGUAGUCAUUGGUGGACACUCGCACACGUUUCUAUAUACAGGGAAUGAACCAGAUGAGGAGAAAUCAGAGGGUGACUAUCCGACCGUGAUGAUUCGGCCAGAUGGGCGACAGGUACCUGUUCUUCAAGCCUACGCGUUUACCAAAUAUUUGGGUAAAAUUGACUUAGAGUUUGACGAUAUGGGCAAUUUAAUAAAUUUUAAUGGCACCCCCAUGCUACUGGAUAAGUGGGUUCCUCAGCAGACAAAUAUCAAGUCUCUUUUGGAUAUUAAAAGGAAACAAAUAGACAUUAUCAAUAAAAAAUAUUGGGAAGAGCGGAACUCGUUCCUAAAAACUAUAAGGUACCUGGAGAAUGAUGAUGAAAAAGAUUUUCCUGAACUAGAAAAGUCAAGUUCCAUAGGAUAUGAAGUCAAGAGAUUGCAAGCUAUAAUAAUGAUAUCAGCGUUUGUGUUAAUACACAUUUUUUAAAUUUUAGUGCACUAUUAACAAAUUAAAACAACGUGAAGAAAGUUCAGUUACCAUUACACAAAAUUACGGUUUGCUACCCAAGUAAAUAAUAUUUACUGAA